AGGUCGCUGAAGGUUGGGCGCUUUGACGCGAUGAACGAGGAGCUGGUCUCGGAGCUGAGUGGUUGGAGCGCCAAUGAGGCAAUUUUGUUGCAAUUGCGAGAUCCGGUGCUCCGAGCCGGCGCCCUUUGGUGCUGUUCAUCUAUGCAGAGCUACAGAUCUCCCCAUCCAGAGUCCAACCUCAGCACUCGACCUAUGUUGGCCGCCCUUCCUGAGGUGCCGGGUGUCCCAACCAACUCACAGGCGUCUACCACCUGCGUGCAUUGUCGCUUGCCACUGAAGUUUCAGGUCUCGGCUGAGAUGGCGGGGAAAGCUGCGCAGGUGAAUGGUCGAGACAACGCCACGGCAUCAGCGGAGACCAAUGGAAAAGGCUUCGCGUAUGCCACGCUGCUGUAUGGGAUGGGAGUGGAAUAUUUCCUGGGAGCUCUGGUCUUAGGCUGGUCAUUGCAGGCAAAUGGAUGUCAAGAGACGCGUUUGCUGCUGUACACGGAGGAUGUGCCAGAAGUCUUUUUGGACGCACUGCAGGUCUACUGGACUUUGCAUCAGGUGGAAUACUUGCAUUCCGACCCCUCCCUCUACGUGGACAAGGACAGGUCUCGUUUCCAGGCAGUGUUUACGAAGAUUCAAGUGCUGUCCUGCACGGACUAUUCGAAGGUUCUGAUGAUGGAUCUGGACAUGUUGGUUCGCGGAAACCUGGAUGAGCUGUUCCAGUUGCGUGCACCCGCAGCCUUGAAGCGAUGCUCAGGUCGUGAACAGCCGGACCAUGGGUGCGACUACGUGUCGGAGGACUUCUACAAAGCACAAGCGGCCGAUGUCUCAGCGGUGACGAAGACGAAUUGGAAUUCAAUCCACGCAAGAUGGCAAUAG